AGACGGAGUGUUGCGUCUAUUGCGGUUUUAUUGUUUACGUCGUCGUUUUAUAUUUCCGCGAUUGCAAAAAGUCUUAAUUUACGCCCCGGUACGAUCGAUAAUGCCGUUCGAUUAAUUUUUGAGUUAUGACUUGAACAUGUGGCGAAGUAUUGUCGUGAUUUGGUUGUUCUUGCUUUUGGAUCAGUGUUGCGGAGAAAGUUUCCGGAAUUUGAACGUCUCCGAAAGUUGUGCCUCGGAGCCAAAAUGCCUACACUGCAUCCCCAAAGGAUGCAUCAAAUGUCCGGAAUUAAUAGUCUACCCCACCAGACAAUGCGUGGAGAGAUGUCCGUUCGGACACAACCCCAAAUGGAGCACUAUGGUGGACUUCAUGGGACUUGUUUGCACGCACAACGGUAACCCGAUGGGACUUUCGUCUGCCGCUCUGACUGUCUUAACCGGAGUGCUUUGUGGAACAAUACUGUGCGUGUUUCUAUUCGCCGUGGCCGUGAUAUAUAUCAAAUACAGGCGGAAAAAUACUCCCCAAUUGAGUGACACCAGUUCCGAAACGGACGAUACCCCCGAAAGAAAGGACUUUUUGAAGAGACUAGAGACUUUAAGACCCUAUUCGCAAGAUUAUCUCGACAUGGUGAACGAUACGCGACGACAGUUGAGGCAGCUGCACCGGGAGGGCGACAAUAGCGCUAUCUCCGCUUACAAACCAGUACUACGUGACUUAGCUAGGAUACUUGUACUUUUAAAUAAAUCUCCAGAUACAGUGGGAAUUCCUGACGAUUGGGAACACCUGUUUACCUGGGCGGAAAAAACUUUGAAACGGUACAAAAGGAUGAGCGAAUCUUCGCAGCCUCAGGUGGCGCAGCUUAUCAGUUUUCUUCAAUCGCCGAUAACACCGUCGGAAAUCGAAGAGCCGGACUAUUCCGUGAGAGGCAGCACCACCAUGAGCACCUUCAAGCCGGACCAAAUGUUUGGUUCGUCCCUGAGCCUCUCAGAGGCUGCAAUAAAGACUUUUAAUUACAACUACGAUAAAUACCAACAGAGCGCACUGAAUCCGCAGUGGAAAUUUGAAUAUUCACUUGUUGGUACCACAUCGGAAUUUAAUCCCGAAUUGUGGAAGAACAGUAAAGAGUACCUGGGCCCCCUGUUUUUGGAGGACGAUUUUCAUAUGCUGGGCUUCAGACCUCAGGACGAGAUAACCACAGAAUUGUGAGCGAAAGUGAUAACAUAGAGCCGUCACUAAACACAAAACGUAUCAAGAGGUAUUAAUCUCCUAAAGGUUGUUCUUAGUUAUUCACAUUUUGAGGUGGUGACUUUAUUUACCGCAAUUUUCAAAAGUUUCUUGAAAAAAAAAAAUUUAAAAACUUAAAAUUUUAGUAUCUUGAAAAGUGUGAUAAAUAAGGGACACUAUUGCGACAUCCUGUAUAUCGCGGUCCAUUGAACAUUUAUCGCAUUAUUGCGGAAAUAAAAUUUAUUGAUAUAUAUUUUUUUGUGAAAUUUAUACAUAUAUAGCAUAUUAGGUAAACUGCGAAUUUUCGUUUUUUCAUUUAGUGCAGCUCACAUUGGAUCAUCUAUUAGAAGCAUAUCGGUCAACCAAAAUCCCUUGACGACCAAUACUUGAUCCUUGAAAAGCAGACCUAGAUAUCAGUUUGAGGAGGAAUUGUUAAGACUUUUUUCCCAUUUCUUUUUCCUUAGAUAAUACAGAGUCAAAAUAAAAAAAAAGGUUUUAUAAGGAAACAUGAUUUUAUACUGAGCACAAUCGAGUGGUGCUUUCCGGUUUUAAUAUCAAUUUUAGAGCCCAGUACUCACAGGAACCAUUUGUAAAAUAAUACAGGUAUUAUGGAUAACUGAAGCACCUCUAGUAUAAACCAAAUCAUACUAGUCAUAAUUUUAAAAAAAAAUUAGUUUGUGUAAUCUAUACAAAUGUAAUAUUAGUUUUGUUCCCAGUGUAUUUUUUACACCUGAAUUUAGUAUAAGUAUUAGCUGUUGAAAUUUAUUUAAUUCCAGUACAUAUUUUUGUAAAAUUGUUUGUAAA